GCUGAAGAAUUUAGAAGCAUGCACAAAUGGGGCGUUACCACAGAGAAAGCCGCUGUGCCUCUUCAAUUUUCUUCACUAGGAGAUGUAACGUACUCUCUGGAGUGAAACGGCCAGAAUGGCACACAUAAUAAAAUUUGUGAAUAGCUGGUUUUGGUGGGAGAACAUCUGGAUGCCUGCCAACUGUAGCUGGGCGAACUUUGAAGAUCACAAUGGAUACGUCUUUCCGAAACCACGCGAGUUAUUGGUCACAAUUCCAUAUGCAUUUGGGAUGUUGGCUCUUAGGUUCUUUGUUGAAAGGUGCAUUGCUGCUCCUCUAGCACAUCUCAUGGGCAUAAAGAGUAUGAAGCGUGUCCGGCCCCAGAAGAAUCCCACGUUGGAAACUUUUUUCAAGAAGUGCACAAAAAGACCAUCACAGUUGGAGAUACGUGGAUUAGCCAAAAAGUGUAACUGGACGGUGCACCUGGUGGAAAAAUGGUUCCGCCGGCGGCGAAAUCAAGAUAUCCCAACUCUGCACAAGAAAUUCCAGGAAGCUUGUUGGCGAUUUAUAUUCUACUUGACAUCAUGUAUUGCUGGAAUUGUAUUUCUCUAUGAUAAACCCUGGCUUUAUGAUAUUUGGCAGGUUUGGGUCAACUAUCCGUUCCACACUUUGCUGGCAUCCCAGUAUUGGUACUACAUCCUCCAGAUGAGUUUCUAUAGUUCGCUGUUGCUUACUCUUGGAUUUGACACCAAAAGGAAGGACUUUAAAGCCCAUGUGAUUCACCAUUUUGCUGCCCUUGCCUUGAUGUUCUGCUCCUGGUCUACCAAUCACGUCCGCAUAGGAACGCUGGUCAUGCUCAUCCAUGACUCUGCAGAUUUCUGGCUGGAGGCAGCAAAGAUGUUCAACUACGCUCGCUGGGAGAAAGCUUGCAGUUUCUUCUUUGUUAUCUUCUCCAUUGCAUUCUUCAUCACGCGAAUGGUUUUCUACCCCUUUUGGAUUCUACGAGCCACAUUGGUUUAUCCUCUCUAUUAUACACAGACAUUCGCCCUAGCAUACUUCGUCUUCAAUGGACCAUUAUUGAUCCUGCAAUGUCUGCAUCUGUACUGGGGCUACUUAGUUUUCAAAAUUCUGAAGAAAUUCAUCUUUAUAAAGCACGUGAAAGAUGAAAGGAGUGAUGAAGAAGAAGAAGAUUCUUUCAGUGAUGUCGAAGAGGAGUGCACCAAAAACGGAAGCAAGAAUGGAUUGAGCCACCCUCUCCUAAACAACAACAAUCAUUAGCGUGUUGCCAGCGCCUUCUCCUUGGGGUGCUGUUUGCUGCGCCUGAAACCCAUUCUACAGUAGAGAGCUUAGCGUCAACAUCUUAACUGGAGUCCAUGAUUGAUUUUAUUGCCGGCCAGUUGAGCUGGAAGAGAGCCCAGUUUCUUAAAAGAGCAAGAAUAAUUUGCUUAACUCGACAAAAUGUGUUUAAUGGGCCACUUUCUAACACACUGCAUACGGGUACAUGGCAAUCCUGACCUUUUCAACUCUUGAGAAUUCUCAAGGAUCGCCAAACAGUCUUGGAGUGUCAUCGUUUCAAACCGAGCUGCUCACACACUUAGAAUUUGAUAAGCGCUUUAAACAGUUUUGCCGAGUCUCUAAUAAUGUUUUAACAUGGUUUCAUAAGUGCGGAGUUUUAUGUGAUGGAAGUUGUUGCCACCAGAAUUUUUUCAGUAAGGCAUUAGGCCAUCUUUGUUGAGUUUCAAGCCUUUUAUUGGUUGGUUGCUUACCUGAGAAUUGCUUCUAAUUCUCUCUUGGGAGGGUUAACCUUAGGAAGAGGCAGCGCGGACCAAACUCUACCAAGGUUCUUUUUCUCCAGAAUUGACCAUUAAGCCACUCUGGGAAUUGUUGUUAAGUUGGUUUGUUACUUGAUGGUAGAAGCACAAGAAGUUGUGGGAGGGCCCAGCGGCCACCCUGUGUGUGGGGAGCCUGAGAACAUAGGAAGACUGAGUCAGGUCUAUCUUGCUCAGCAUUGUCUACAUAGCAGUUCUCCAGAGUUUCAGAUAGGAUUCUUUCCCCCGUUUUACCUAGAGAUGCCGGGCAUUGGACUUGGGGCCUUUUUCAUGUAAGGCAAAUGCCAUACCAUGGAGCUACAGGCCUUCUCUGCCCUGGAAGAUGGUCCAAAUGGCAUAUCUGGUGGCUUACCACACAGUGGCUGCAUGGAGAGCUGGCAGCUCCUGGUCCUAGCCCAGGUGGUUCCUUACAGCUCAGCACCACCUUCCUACCUCUUGAGUUAGAUAUUCCUUGCUGGGCCUCCAGCAGCCUUGUGCAAAUUGUGGGUGGCAAUGAUCCCAUGCAUAGAUUCUGGAGUUGAAGGGCAUGGAAGGCCUUGGGUUGGGCUAUAUUGCUUCUUUCUCAGCUCAGCUGUGCCAAGUGGGAAUUGUAUUUUUUUAGGAAAGCAGCUCAUUUGAUCAUGCUUUGAAACCCUAUAAAGAAUUCCUCUUCCUUUAUGUUUUUGUUACACUGCUUUGCAGUGAGGUGUCCAUUGAAGCCUGCUGCUUUCUCUCUCAAAAAAAAAAAUCCUCCAAGAAACCAAGUAACACAUCUGGAGUCCACGACUGCCUCUGUUUCAGGUUGGCUCAUUAAUAACAAGAAUAAUAAGAAUAAUUUAUUAUUUAUACUCUGCCCAUCUGGCUGGGUUUCCCCAGCCACUCUGGGCAGCUCCCAACCGAAUAUUAAAAAUACGAUAAAAGAUCAAACAUUAAAAACUUCCCUAAACAGGGCUGCCUUCAGAUGUCUUCUAAAAGUCAGAUAGUUGCUUGUUUCCUUGACAUCUGAUGGGAGGGCGCCACUACCGAGAAGGCCCUCCUCUGCCCGGUUCCCUGUAGCUUCACUUCUUGCAGUGAGGAAACUGCCAGAAGUCCCUCUGCACUGGACCUCGGUGUCCAGGUUGAAUGAUGGGGGUGGAGACGCUACUUCGGGUAUACUGGGCCGAGGCCGUUUAGGGCUUUAACGGUCAGCACCAAUACUUUGAAUUGUGCUCGGAAAUGUACUGGGAGCCAAUGUAGAUCUUUCAGGACUGGUGUUGUAUGGUCUCAGCCAUUGAAUUAUAGGCAGAAGAAAGCUUAGAAAAGAAAGGUGAGCAACUGUUAGAUAUGACAAGAGUCAGUUAAAAUCAUGGAUUAUGUGCAGAAAAUUGAGACCAAACCAGUGGAGGAUGGUCCAUUAGGGCAAAUGGGGCACUGCCCUACAAACCUUACUGUGUCCUCAGCUAGCCCUCACCUUCUUGUUUUCAACUGGUAAAGGAAUGGCUCUGCCUGUCAAUGACUUUGGUGACACCUAUUGUCUCCCAUUCCCACUGGGCACCAGCAACCACUUGGCCAAACAAUUGCCCAGUGCAUGAGACACCACUUAGUGAAACUUCACUGACUCCUACUUUAGAAUUGGCCUCUUCUCAAUUUUGCAUCGUCUCUGCUCCAAAGUGCAGAGGAAACCAAAGUUCCUGAGGAAACCAGAAAUAAUUAUUCUGAGGUUACACAAUUAAUCCCCCAAGAGAUUCCACAGGCGGCGUCUCCCCAACCCCCAACUCAUUUGGCUGCUUAUCUGGUAGGGAGAAAGGACAGCAGCAAUUUCUGGAUCAGCCUUCUCCGAUCUGGUGCCCUGAAAUCUUUUUGGACUAGAACUACUAUCAGCCCCAGAUUUGGGAAGGCUGAGCUAGAGGAACAGUACUAUUGGUUCUGUAUUCGUGACUUUAUCCCCCCCUCCCCAUUUGAACCGCACAAGUGUUGUAAAACCUCUCCUCUUUGGUCUGGGAGGGGGCUGGAUGUGUGUGUAUUCUCUAUGUAUAAAUUGCAACGUCACCUACCUGUUAACAUGUGUACGUAUUUAUUUAUAUAUUUACCUCUGCCUUUAUAUGAAAAUGCCCAGGGAGCUGCUUCUUUGCUACGUUCAAGAGAGCUAGGACUAGCCUUAUUGAUGGACCAAUCCUAGGUGGAAACCUAGGACCGCGCUUGAUGCAAGGAGCUAUCCCUUCUUAGCAAUGACUUGGUGUGUUCAGUUCUGCCACUGACUGUCAGGUGGGAAUGAAAGAGGGGCAGAAAGGAAAAGGGUCAGGAAACAGCCCUGAACUCCUGUCUCAGCAGCAGCAGCAGCAGCAGCACCAGAUGGAUUGAUGAGGAGCCUUGUGGAAGUGGCCAGCAUCUGAGACUGGGUGAACAGCAAGUAGCCUGUAGGACCAGUGACUGGUUGGGGAAGGACCAUAGCUCAGUCGCAGAGCACUCAUUCUGCACACAGAAAGGCUCAGGUUCACAGCAUGUUCAGGUAGGGCUGGUGAAAGUAUUUUGCUUGAAACCUUGGAGAGCUACUGCCAGCCAUUGAAGGCAAAAACUGAGCAAGAUAGGCCAGUGAACUGAUGCAGGAUCAGGCAGCUUCCUAUGAAGAGAAGGGGUGAGCCAGGGACCUUGAGGUGGCUGCCUUGUGCUACUGUGUAUUAGAAAAAUGGGUGGGUGUGAAAGAGGGCCCCACCAGGGCCUGGCAAGGCUGCUUGUCCAAAUGGGAUCAGUGAGGAGAACAGAGGGGCCCAGGAAAUCGAGGAUCCAGUGCAGAUAUGGACAUGCAGUCUGUGGGUGGGUGGAAGUUAUUAUUCCUUUAAGACUUCAGGAUGUUGUACUUGAGGUUCCAGUACAGAGACUGGUUUUUCAAUAAACCUUUUAAAAAAUG